ACCCUACUCCAAGGUUGAGGGGCAAAAUACAGGAAAAAGAAAAAAAAAUUCCUCUUCUUUUAUCCUCCCAUGGCUGUUUUCACAGUAAACAGCCAUGUCUGCACUCCUUCUCUCCCCUCCCUUUCAUUAAACCCUAACCCUAACCCCAACCGUAACCGCAAUCCAAAAGCUACUGUCUCUGGAUUAAACCCUAACCCUAACCUUAGAGCCACUGUCUGUAAUGGUGUGUCCACCUCAAAAGUCAACCUCUCAAGCAACAAUGCUUUUGACCCUUUCAAAUGGGCGAAGCAAAAAUCCUCUACUGUCUCUGCAUCAAACCCUAACCCUAAUCUUAGAGCCACCGUCUCUAAUGGUGUCUCCACCUCAAAAGUCAACCUCUCAAGCAACAAUGCUUUCGACCCUUUCAAAUGGGCGAAGCAAAAAUCCUCUAUUAUUGGAAAAAUUCUAGGAAUUUCAGCAGCUGCAGGCCUUGUUUGCCACAUCUUUGCUUGUCGUCUCUCUUCUUAUGGUGGCAAUGGAGGUGGAGGUGGUGGUGGAAAUGGUGGAGGUGGUGGGGAUUCCGGCGGUUUUGGCAGGUUUUGGUCAGAAUUACUUUCUCCAGUGGCCGUGGCCAAAGAGGAAGAAAACCAAGAAUGGGACCCUCAUGGCUUGCCUGCAAAUAUACUUGUGCAGAUUAACAAACUCAGUGGAUUUAAGAAAUACAAAACCUCUGAGAUUUUGUUCUUCGAUAAGAAAAGAGGUUCAGUUGUGGGAACAGAAGACUCCUUCUUUGAAAUGGUUUCGCUGAAACCUGGUGGAAUUUACACCAAAGCACAUUUACAAAAGGAGCUGGAAACCCUAGCUACUUGUGGGAUGUUUGAGAAGGUUGAUCUUGAGGCGAAGACGAAGCCUGAUGGUACAAUUGCGGUUAACAUUUCUUUCGCAGAGAGCACAUGGCAAUCAGCCGAUGCUUUUAAGUGUAUAAAUGUGGGGUUAUUGCCUCAGUCAAAGCCAGUUGAUAUGGACCCUGACAUGACUGAUAGAGAAAAGUUCGAGUAUAUCAAGCGCCAAGAAGCAGAAUACAGGAAGAGAAUGGAAAGGUCAAGACCAUGUCUGCUUCCAAUUCGUGUACAGAAGGAAGUUUUGGCAAUGCUAAGGGAGCAGGGUAAAGUGAGUGCGAGGCUUCUCCAGAAAAUCCGAGACCGAGUUCAAAAAUGGUACCAUGAUGAGGGUUACGCAUGUGCCCAGGUUGUGAAUUUUGGCAACUUGAAUACAAGAGAAGUGGUGUGUGAGGUUGUGGAGGGCGAUAUCACUCAACUUGUUGUUCAGUUCCAGGAUAAACUCGGAAAUGUCUGUGAGGGGAAUACUGAAUUGCCAAUUAUUAGGAGAGAAUUGCCCAAGCAGCUUCGACAAGGACAUGUCUUCAACAUAGAGGCUGGGAAACAAGCUCUUAGGAACAUAAACUCUUUGGCCCUUUUUUCCAAUAUUGAGGUAAACCCUCGACCUGAUGAGAAGAAUGAGGGUGGGAUUAUUGUUGAGAUAAAGCUCAAAGAACUUGAACAGAAAACUGCUGAAGUUAGCACAGAAUGGAGUAUUGUGCCUGGUCGUCAAGGACGUCCGACCUUGGCUUCAAUUCAACCAGGUGGAACUGUCUCAUUUGAGCAUCGAAACAUAAAAGGGUUGAACAGAUCUUUACUUGGAUCUGUGACUUCCAACAACCUGCUUAACCCUCAGGAUGAUCUUUCCUUCAAGUUCGAAUAUGUGCAUCCUUAUGUAGAUGGAGUCUACAAUCCUAGGAACCGAACAUUUCGUGCAAGCGUCUUCAACAGUCGCAAACUGAGUCCAGUUUUUACAGGUGGGCCUGGCAUGGAAGAAGUUCCUCCUAUCUGGGUUGAUCGAAGUGGCUUCAAAGCGAACAUUAUGGAGAAUUUCACUCGACAGAGCAAGUUCACAUAUGGGCUUGUCCUGGAAGAAAUCACAACACGUGAUGAAACAAGUAGCAUCUGCACUAAUGGUGCCCGUGCUUUGCCAAGUGGUGGGUUGAGCAUGGAUGGACCCCCAACAACAUUGAGUGGCACGGGCGUUGAUCGUAUGGCCUUUGUGCAAGCGAACAUCACACGUGACAAUACCAAAUUUGUGAAUGGAGCAAUAGUUGGCGAGAGGAAUGUAUUUCAGUUAGACCAAGGUCUUGGGAUUGGCACUAAUUUCCCAUUUUUCAAUCGCCACCAAUUAUCUAUGACCCGCUUCAUUCAGUUGAAGUCCGUGCAAGAAGGGGCAGGAAAGCCGCCACCUCCUGUCCUGGUCCUCCAUGGUCACUAUGGUGGCUGCGUGGGAGAUCUUCCAAGUUAUGAUGCUUUCACCUUAGGUGGCCCCUAUUCGGUGAGAGGUUACAACAUGGGUGAACUGGGAGCUUGCCGUAACAUUCUUGAGCUUGCAGCAGAGUUGCGUAUACCCAUAAGGAACACACACGUGUAUGCGUUUGCAGAGCAUGGAAACGAUUUGGGGAGCUCCAAAGAAGUUAAAGGGAACCCAACUGAGUUUUUCAGGAGAGCAGGGAGUGGAUCAUCUUAUGGAGCAGGUGUAAAGUUGGGUCUUGUGAGAGCUGAGUAUGCUGUUGACCAUAAUUCAGGCACAGGCGCGAUUUUCUUCAGAUUCGGAGAGAGAUUCUAAGGACAUAGGUUUCAUCAGUUGGGGUUUUGUUCCGUAAAUUAUUUUUCACCUUGAAUUUAUGUUUUUGGUUGUUAGGUUUUCUUUUUUCUCGAGUCUUGAUGCUGCGGAUGAGGAAGGAGCUGUCCUAUUGUGUUGAGUUAUUCGUGGGGUAUCUUCAAUUCUUAUGAUACCCAAAUUCCAUUUUGGACGGCAAAACGAGUGAGGAUAUUUAUAGGAUUUGAGCCCAUAACUGACAUUAUGGAAGCCUUGAGUACUCCACACUUUGGCUCUCUCACUCUCUCGAGUAGCUCUUCAAGCAGGAAUUUGCAGCAACAAAUCUCGUUCUCUAGUAUAGUUGUGUUACUAUGAGAGAGAGAGAGAGAGAGAGAGAGAGAGUAUGCUUUUGGCAUGAAACUACUGGGCUUUGAAAAUUUAAGGAUGAGGUAUGCCACUUCUAAGAGGAUAUUUGUUUUUGAGA